AUGGCUACAAAUUUUUUAAAACCUGGACCAUUAGUUCAGGCCACAUUUAAUGCGAUGCAAAAAACUUAUUAUUUUAUUGAUAAUAAUGAAAAUAAGAAUUUAAAUGAUAAUUCAGAACGAGAAAGUCGAAUGCAAUGGGAAUUUCUUAAAAGAAAGCUCAUUAAAACUCAUUAA